GAAGAAGAGGUUCAAUUACAGCGAUGUGCAUCAGGUCUAUGGCCGGCCUGGCAAUUUGACCCUGAAGCAAAUGUAUGCAAACUGGGUGCCAGAGCAGCACAAAGCACGCGACCUCCAAGCACAUCGCGCUUUAGACGACGUCUACAUGAUGCAAGAUGUUAUGAAGUUUGCGCCGUACUUGGCGCCUCUCCUUGCGCAGGACAUCUCAAUGGCAGCGCAUGGCACAGACAUUCCUGCCGUGUCCAAUGCAGUGUGCCAGCGAUUGCUUCACCCAGCCAAGCCUUCCCAGCCUUCCCAGCCUCCUCACACCUCAAAAUGCCAAGCCCUCCCCAUGCAACACGGGCUCCCCGUCAUGCAGAGCGUUCUGCUCAAAGCAAGCCCCGUGAUCAACACCUUGCACGCUGCACCCGUCAGCACAGCAACACCGCCACCCCCACAGUUUGCAGCUCCGGCCGUUCAACCGCUACAGCUCCAGCAGUUGCAGCCGACACCUCAACAACUUUCUCAUCCGCAAGAGCUCCAGGCCCAAGCCUCCUCGACAGUAUCGCUCCCAAGCGACCCGAUUCCGCCUCCAGAAAAGCCAUCCCCAGCCAGCCCUGCCCAGCCGAGCGAACAUGUUCUGGACACAGAGGCCGAGCUGCAGAGCUCCGGAUGCCAAAGCCGUCGAACAAGCGCUAGCAGCAUCGAGACCCGAGGCAAGGGCACAGGCAAGGUCGAGAGCAAAGGAAAAGGCAAAAAGAAGAAGGAGCAACACCAGCAGAACCAUCAGCGGCAUGGCCGUUACGAAGCAGGAUGGUGGGGACCUGAUCCUUGGAACUGGGAGCAUGCCUGGGCCGGCGGCUGGUGGGGCCAGUCCUGGGGCGAGUGGG